CGCUCGUACAAGUCUGAGAACGCGCACUUUCUCCCUCACUGGGCAAUCCCGAUCCCAGCCUUGCGGGUCUACUGUCGUUUGCACUUUUUGUACAUUCUUCCACCGAAUGAAGAGGUCUUGCGAGUCCACGCAAGGCUGGGAUCGGGAUCGCCCUCUUAAGCCAUCCAAGAAGAAGAAGAAGAAGAAGAAGAAGAAGAAGAGCAAGAGGAAGAAGAAGAAGAAGAAGAAGAGGAAGAAGGAGAAGAGCAAGAGGAAGAAAUUGAUGGAGGUUGAAUCAGAGACGGAGGUGCGUCAAGUUGGGAGGAAGUCAAGAGAGAGUGAAGACGAUGCUAAGAGGCAGAAGGAUGGGGGGGGGACCACCGCCCAGAAGAAGAUGGACGUGAACUGAUUGAUAGCUUCCAGAAGAGAAAAGAGGAGGAGGAGGAAAGAGGAGGAGGAGGAGGAGGAGGAGGAGGAGGAGGACGGCGACGACGACGACGACGACGACGACGAGGAGGAGUUCACAGAAGAGACUGGCCAAGGACGUAGUCGUUACCAUUGUGAUGAUGAAGGGGAAGAGGGGGGGGGGGGGGGGGUGGGAGUAGGGGUCGGUGCAGAAUUAACGGCGCCGUCAUCAACAGGAAAGACGUCUGUCAUCCGGUCGUUGAUUAAGCACUAUACGAAGCAGAACAUGUCCGAUGUCAAGGGGCCGAUCACCAUUGUAUCGGGGAAGAAACGGCGGCUGCAAUUCCUCGAGUGCGCCAACGAUCUUAAUGCCAUGAUUGAUGCGGCAAAGGUUGCAGAUCUCGUGUUGCUGCUCAUCGACGGUAGCUUCGGCUUUGAGAUGGAAACAUUUGAAUUCUUGAACAUUCUUCAACUUCACGGCUUCCCGAAGGUGAUGGGAGUGUUGACACACCUCGAUCAUUUCAAGGACGCAAAGAAAUUGCGCAAAACAAAGAAACGGUUGAAGCAUCGUUUCUGGACGGAGAUCUACGAGGGUGCGAAGCUAUUCUACAUCAGCGGAAUGGUUCAUGGAAAGUACUCAAACCGGGAUGUUCUGAACCUUGCAAGAUUUAUCUCUGUGGCGAAGUUCCGGCCAUUGGUGUGGCGUUCUAGCCAUCCCUACAUGCUUGCAGAUCGUAUGGAGGAUGUGACCGACCCAGAGGACAUACGAGUGAACCCCAAAUGCGACAGGAAUGUGACAGUCUAUGGCUAUUUGCGCGGCUGCAACCUCAAGCAAAAUGCGAAGAUCCACAUUGCUGGUGUAGGCGAUUGCCGUGUUGCAGAGAUGAUGGCGUUGCCUGACCCAUGCCCUCUGCCAUCCGAACUGAAAAAGAGGAAGCUGAACGAAAAGGAAAAGCUGCUGUAUGCACCCAUGUCUGAUGUGGGAGAGAUGCUUUAUGACAAGGAUGCUAUCUACAUUAACAUUCAAGACCAUCUCGUGCAAUUCUCUAAGAAAGAGAUGGAUGAGAAGACUGCCGAUGAUGGAGUCAAACACCAAGAGGGUGCUGAAACAAAGGAUAAAGCCACAGGCACGAAGGAUGUUGGUGAGGUGAUGGUUCGGACGCUGCAAGACACAAAGUAUACAAUAGAUGAAAAGCUUAGGCAGAGCAACAUCCAGCUGCUUCCGGGCAUGACUCUGUCUAACCUUGCACCAGAGAAUGGCACAGAUCGUGAAAGUGAUGGUGAGGAGAGUGAAGAGGGUAGUGAGGAGAGAAGUGGGGACGAUCUGGAGGAAGGUGCCAACAGCGAGGAGGGAGAGGAGGAGGAAGAGGAGAAGGAGGGAGAGGAAGAGGAGGAGGAGGAGGGGGAGGAGGAGGAGGAGGAGAAGAUGGAUAAGAAGAGUAAGAAGGUUGAAAGGGAAAGCAAAGGUGACCACAUGAAUGGGAUGGGGAAAAGUGGCAAAGGAGACGGUUCAACUGGGGUCAUGGGGAGGGUGUCAGAGGAAAUUGUCCAAUCGGGGGGGCGGAUGAGAAGGAGAGCUGUAUUUAGCGACAAGAAGGCUGAAACCGAUGGCAUGAAAGGGACCGACGAUUCCAGUAAAAAGGAAAACCGAGACGGCAAGGAUCAAUCAAGAGAGCAACUGAAAUUUGACGGAUCCAGCGAUGAAAGUGACAGUGAUGAAGACAGUGAAGAUGAUGAAGCCCAGAAACAGGAAGUAGAAGAUGAUGCAAAUAAUGAGGAGGAGGAGGACGAGGAGGAAGAGGAAGAAGAAGAUGACGAUGAGGGGGAAGAAGAGGAAGAGGAGGAAGAAGAGGACGAAGAGGAAGAUGAUGAUGAUGAGGAGGAGGAGGACGAGGAGGAAGACAAGGAUGAGGAGGAGGACGUUAAGGAUGCAAAAACCAAAAAUGCGCAUCGGCGGAUGCAGCGGUCUGUUGGAAAGGAGGAGGAAGAGGAGGAGGAAUCUGAUGAAGAAAAUGAUCUAAUCACAAGAAAGAGGAUUGAACAAGCAGCGGAGGAACGCUUGAAGCUCUCAGAUACAGAUGAACCAGGACAUGAUGAAGUAAACGGUCUGAUGAAGGAGCUUCUGAAUGCAUUUAUGGGAAGCAGCAGCCCAUCAAAUCCUGAGCAUCAUGACGAUGAUGAUGAUGAUGAUGAUGAUGAUGAUGAUGAUGAUUGUGAUGAUGAUCGUGAUGACGAUCGUGAUUAUCGCCCUCAUUUACACUUGAUGAUGACGCAGUCAACGGUCUGUGAUGAUGUAGGUGGAGGCCAAGGGAUAAGCAACCGGUGGAAGGAGGGACUGGUGGAGAAAUCGGCAAACACAUUCGCCAAGAAGAUCAAUCUGAUGGAACUUGUCUAUGGGUCAUUAGAGGGCCCUGAAAGGAGCAGUCUCCUGAGAAAUGACGACAGUGACGAGGAUGGUGAUGCUCCUGAGGAGUUGUUUCGCCACCGCCGUGCUUCGCACAAGAUCAUAGAGUCGAUCAGGGAUCGAUUCGUGACUGGGGACUGGGAGAAAGCAGCUUUGAGGAACAAAGGGGAUGGAGGAGAAGGAGAGAGUGGUGACGAUGAUGGUGACGAGGAAGUCUUCGGGGAUUUCGAGGAUCUAGAGACAGGAGAGAAACAUGGUGCUGGUCACAAGGGGUCACAGAAUCCAGCGGCAGGGAGUAAAGGAGCAGAAGCGGAAGAGAGGCGCGAUGAAGAUGAGAAUGACGAGGAUGACGAAAAGAAACCAGAGAAGCAUGGUGCUGGCCGCAAGGAAAUGGAGAAAAGUUAUUACGACCAGAUAAAGGAGGAAAUGGAGCUGCAGAAACAGAGGAACAAGGCAGAGCUUGCGGGACUGGAUCCCAAGACCCGCGUCGAGAUGGAGGGGUUCCCAGGGGGCUCGUACAUGCGCCUUGAGCUGAAGGGCAUGCCUUACGAAAUGGUGGCGUUUUUCGACCCAAGGAAGCCCCUCUUGAUCGGUGGCUUGGCGGCACAUGAGGAGUCAACUGGCUAUAUGCAGGUUCGCUUGAAGAGGCACAGAUGGCAUGAGAAAGUUCUGAAGAACCGCGAUCCUUUGGUGGUAUCCUUAGGCUGGCGACGAUAUCAGACUUUGCCAGUUUACGCAAUUGAAGACCAAAAUGGGCGCCACCGAAUGCUGAAGUACACCCCGGAGCACAUGCAUUGCCGUGCUAUCUUCUGGGGGCCUCUCGCUCCUCCGAACACAGGUCUUGUCGCCUUCCAAAUGCUCUCAAACAAUCAGUCCUCAUUUCGCAUAUGCGCGACGGGGGUGGUUCUGGAGCUGGAUCAAUCGUUUCGCAUUGUGAAAAAGUUGAAGCUUGUUGGAUAUCCAUACAAGAUUAUGAAGAACACAGCGUUUCUGCGGAGGAUGUUUACGUCGGAAUUGGAGGCAGCGCGGUUCGAGGGCGCAAUUGUGCGCACUGUGAGCGGCGUUAGAGGACAGAUCAAACGGGCUGUGCGUCCGGGAUCGAAGUUUGGUCGAAAGGAGGGGGGGGAAGUGCGGUGCACUUUCGAAGACAAAAUACUGAUGAGCGAUAUCGUCUUCCUUCGAGCAUGGGUUAACGUGGACGUGCCUCGAUACUUCAACCCGGUCACAAAUCUGUUAAGUGCCGACGAGAUGGGCUGGAAGGGCAUGAAAACAGUCUCACAGCUGCGAAGAGAGAAGGGACUGCCUGUGCCAGUGAACAAUGACUCUCUUUACAAGGUACACGUCCCAAUUGAAAGGACUCCGCGCAAGUUCAAUCCGCUGAAGAUACCGAAGACGUUGCUAGCAUCGCUGCCUUUCGAGUCAAAGCCAAAGGAUUCACUGAAGUUAAAAAAGCUGGACAGACCGGCUAUUAUUGCGGAACCGUUGGAGAGGAAGAUUCGGAACAUGAUGGCAGAGCUGACAACCAUCCGCAACGAAAAGGCUAAGAAGCGGAAAGAGCAGCACAAGAAAAAGGUGCUUGAGCACCAGAAAAAGACGGAGAAAGAUGAAGCAGUGCGCAAGCAGAUCGCAAAAUCGGAGAGGAAGAAGCGGUACCGUGAGGAGGGUUUGAAAGAGAAGGCAAAAGAAGCAGCAUUCCAUCGAGAAAGUGCAGAUGUGAGUAUGACGACUUAGUGAUUCCAGACAGCAAUUGCAGCCAGAUUCCAUCGAGAAAGUGCACAUGUGAGUAUGAAGACUUAGUGAGAUUCCACGUGGACGGGAAUAGAAUCUUGAGGGAAGAUUUGUUUGACGGGAGGAGUUCCGCUUCUAGAGUGGAAAUCGAUCGUCAACAACAUGAACAAAACAGUUUUGCAAUC